GUGCGGGCCGGGAGAGCGGCGGCGGCACCCCGCUUGGGCGGCUGCUGGUCUGGUUGCGAAUGCGGAGAGUCAUGUCCUCCUCCCUGGAGGUGGGGUAAAGGGAGGAGGCGGCGGCCGGGGUCGCGCUGCCCGCUCCUCCCGCCGACCCCUCCCCACCCUUCUCCCCAAAGAGAGCGAUGGGAGCCAGCGGGUCUGAAGGAGGACUAGGUUGCUCCGCUAGCGGCCGCCCGGCCUCCGUGCCCCGGGGCGCGGGUCUUCUGGGAGCCGGCAUCGCCGGGCGUGCGGCUGUGGACCCGGAGGGGUCAGCGGCGGCGGCGGCGGAGCCGGGACGCUGCGCGCGGCGGGGCGCAGGCAGUGGGAGCGCGGGGGACGCGGAGGAUGGGCGCGGGGGCGCGGGUGCUGGGAGCUCGGCCGGAGUGGCGCUGGCGGCCCUGUUGGUACGGCCGCUUCCUGAUCCUGUGCAGCCGCCGCGCCGCCGGAGCCGGGAGCCCAUGAGCGCCCCAGCCCGGGCCCGCGCCCCCGCCUGCGCCGGCGGCAGGAGCCGAGGAGCGGCAGCAGGCGCUGCCCUGCCGGCGCCGGGAGUGAACGGCUGCGCGGCUGCUGGGAGGGUGAAUGAAGCCGGGAGGAGGGGAAGGAGGCGGCGGCGGUGGAGGCGCUGCGGGGACUGGGAUGCACCCAGGAGCCCCUCUGCUCCUCGGGGCCCGACCGGAGACCCAGCAACUCCCGCGGCCGCGCCGCCUCCUACGUGGUCCCAGCGCUGCGCGCAGGCCGGCCCUGCAGGGGGCAGGGAAGGGGCCGGCCGGGCGGAGCAAGAGUGGAUUUUACUUUGGCACUUAACUUCAAUGACAGUCUGAUGACUAACAUAUUGUGACACCAGCUCCCCGUGUUUCCUCAUAGAGGAGCACCGUGCAGCAAGUCACCAAGGUGGUCCAUUCAAACUGCAGACUUGUUUGUCAUCCUUGUACAGCAGUCUCCUCCACAGCCACUCCAGAGAAGUGCGCCACAUAUCAGCAUAUUGGAGCAAAAUGAGAGAAUUUAUUUUGAGACCUCCAAAUUAGUGCUGCUACGGACCAUGAGCAAGAGAGAAAGCGUGGACUUCAGCCUGCACGAAUGGUCUUGAAACACAAGUGGUUUUGGGUCUAGGCAUUUUACACUGAGUUUUCUACUGCCACACUUUCUACUCAAGCAAAAUCCAUGUGAAAAGAUCUGCUGGGAAGGAGCCGACUGCUUAUGUUUCUCCAUUGUGAUGAAAGCACAUGGUACAGUUUUCCAAAGAAAUUAGUUUGUUUUCUGGGGCAGAGGAUCCAAUCUGCUGUUUUCUUACGGUUUUCCUCACGUCUCUGUGAAAGAGGAAAGAACACGCCUGAGCCCGGGAGCGCUCCAGCUUCGCGUGGGAAGUCUCCAUGGUGAAGGAAGGCUGGGGCUCCCAGUGAACUGUGCACAGUGAAUGUUAUUCCAGAGCUGCUGCUGGCGGACUGCACCCACGGGGAGAUGAUUCCUCAUGAAGAGCCUGGAUCCCCUACAGAAAUCAAAUGUGACUUUCCAUUUAUCAGACUAAAAUCAGAGCCAGCCAGACAGUGAAGCAGUCACCGUGGAGGGGGGACGGCGAAAAAUGAAAUCCAACCAAGAGCGGAGCAACGAAUGCCUGCCUCCCAAGAAGCGCGAGAUCCCGGCCACCAGCCGGCCUUCGGAGGAGAAGGCCACCGUCCUGCCCAGCGACAACCACCGGGCCGAGGGCGUGGCAUGGCUCCCCGGCGCCCUUGGUGGCCGAGGUCACGGGGGCGGGAGGCAUGGCCCGGCGGGGACUGCGGUGGAGCUUGGUUUACAACAGGGAAUAGGUUUACACAAAGCGCUGCCCACGGCGCUGGACUACUCCCCACCCAGCGCGCCCAGGUCCGUCCCGGCGACCACCACGCUGCCCACGGUGUACCCUCCCCCGCAGUCAGGGACCCCGGUGUCGCCCGUGCAGUACGCGCACCUGCCGCACACUUUCCAGUUUAUUGGGUCCUCCCAGUACAGCGGGCCCUACGCAGGGUUCAUCCCCUCCCAGCUGAUCUCCCCAACGGCCAGCCCCGCCACCAGCGCCGUGGCCUCGGCCGGGGGCGUCUCCACUCCAUCCCAGCGCUCCCAGCUGGAGGCCUAUUCCACUCUGCUGGCCAGCAUGGGCGGGCUGAGCCACGCCUCAGGACACAAGGCUGAGCAGCAGCAGCAGCAGCACUUGGGCAGGACUCCAGGGCUCAUGGCACCAGGGUCCCCACCACCCACCCAGCAGAACCAGUAUGUCCACAUCGCCAGCUCCCCGCAGAACGCCGGGCGCACGGCCUCUCCGCCGGCCAUCCCCGUCCACCUCCAUCCCCACCAGACGAUGAUCCCACACACCAUCACCCUGGGGCCCUCCCCCCAGGUCGUAGUGCAAUACACCGACUCCGGCAGCCACUUCCUUCCUCGGGAGGCCACCAAGAAAGCCGAGAGCAGCAGGCUGCAGCAGGCCAUGCAGGCCAAGGAGAUCCUCAAUGGGGAGCUGGAGAAGGGCCGGCGGUACGGGGCCCCCACCUCGGCCGACCUGGGCCUGGUGAAGGCCGGCGGCAAGUCAGCGCCUCACCCCUAUGAGUCCAGGCACAUGGUUGUCCACCCCAGCCCCUCCGACUACGGCAGUCGGGACUCCGCGGGGGUCCGGGCCUCUGUGAUGGUCCUGCCCAACAGCAACACCCCCGUCUCCGACCUGGAAGUGCAGCAGGUCACGCACCGCGAGGCCUCCCCCUCCACCCUCAACGACAAAAGUGGCCUGCAUUUAGGGAAGCCCGGACACCGCUCCUACGCGCUCUCACCCCAACAGGCUCUGGGCCCCGAAGGCGUGAAGGCCGCCACCGUCGCCACGCUGUCACCCCACACGGUCAUUCAGACCACACACAGCGCUUCGGAGCCACUCCCAGUCGGACUGCCAGCCACAGCCUUCUACGCAGGGACACAGCCGCCCGUCAUCGGCUACCUGAGCAGCCAGCAGCAGGCGAUCACCUAUGCCGGCAGCCUGCCCCAGCACCUGGUCAUCCCUGGCACCCAGCCCCUGCUCAUCCCGGUGGGCAGUGCUGACGUGGACGGGUCGGGAGCUGCCUCUGCAAUAGCCACGUCGUCGCCCCAGUUUGCAGCAGUGCCUCACACGUUCGUCUCCACCGCCCUUCCCAAGAGUGAGAACUUCAGCCCAGAGGCCCUAGUCACCCAGGCCGCCUACCCGGCCAUGGUGCAGGCCCAGAUCCACCUGCCCGUGGUGCAGUCCAUGGCGUCCCCGGCAGCAGUGCCCCCGACGCUGCCCCCCUACUUCAUGAAAGGCUCCAUCAUCCAACUGGCCAACGGGGAGCUGAAGAAGGUGGAGGACUUAAAAACGGAGGACUUCAUCCAGAGCGCAGAGAUCAGCAAUGACCUGAAGAUCGACUCCAGCACCGUGGAGAGGAUUGAGGACAGCCACAGCCCCGGCGUCGCCGUCAUCCAGUUCGCCGUCGGGGAGCACCGGGCACAGGUCAGCGUGGAGGUGUUGGUAGAGUACCCUUUUUUUGUGUUCGGACAGGGCUGGUCGUCCUGCUGUCCAGAGCGAACCAGCCAGCUCUUCGAUUUGCCGUGUUCCAAACUCUCCGUUGGGGACGUCUGCAUCUCGCUGACCCUCAAGAACCUGAAGAACGGCUCGGUGAAAAAGGGCCAGCCCGUGGAUCCCGCCAGCGUCCUGCUGAAGCACGCCAAGGCCGACGCCCUCGCGGGCAGCAGACACCGGUACGCGGAGCAGGAGAACGGCAUCGGUCAGGGAAGUGCCCCGAUGCUCUCCGAGAACGGCGAACUGAAGUUUCCAGACAAAAUCGCAUUGCCUGCAGCGCCCUUGCUCACCAAAACAGAACCCAGCAAGCCCGCGACCACGAGGAAGAGGAGGUGGUCGGCGCCGGAGACCCGCAAACUGGAGAAGUCGGAAGACGAGCCGCCUUUGACUCUCCCCCGGCCUUCGCUCAUUCCUCAGGAGGUGAAGAUUUGCAUCGAAGGCCGGUCCAACGUGGGCAAGUAGGCGCGGCGGCGUGGCGUGGGGAAGGAAUUCGGCCCUCCCUUACCAUUUGUAUCCAGAUUACUGUACUGUAGGCUAAAUAACACAGUAUUUACAUGUUAUCCUCUUCCUUUAGGUUUCUGUUCUUACCUUGUCGUUAGAGUUACAGCUGGUGUUGCGCAGGAGACGGUGCAUAUGCUUUUUCCACGAGUGUCUGGCCGUGGGCGAGCGGGGGCCAGCACGGGCGGCGCGGCCAUGCGCCCGGUGGAAUGAAAGUGGCUUUGGAGUGGCUGCCUUUUCUAGCAGUGCCAGAAGCAUCCGCUGGGCGCUGACUUCUGCUGGUUUCAUGAGGAAGUUCCGGGAAGGGGAUUGCAGGGGUGUGCGUGCGAGCGUGGGGAGCGAGGGCAAGGGGUGUGGGGGGUGCAGCAGGGGUGCCACAGCAAGCGAGGGUCUUCUCUCUGCCUCCCCCUGUCUCAGGCUCUCAACACGGGGUUGCAGCUCCAGAGACACGUCCUCAGGAGGUCUCACGUACAAAAGAAAUAUCAGGAACCCAGCCUCAGGGCAUCCUAGAGAGGAUGGAAAGCUAACCCUGUAAAAGAACAUUUUUCCCCCCUCCAACAUAUUUUACAAUAAAAGCAACUUUUAAUCAUAUAGAUAUGUAUUUCCCCCUAUGGGGCCUGACUGCACUGAUUUUUUUUUUUAAGAGCAACUGCCACCCGUGGGAUUUCGUUUCUGCUUCGCUAGUGCAGUGCUGUCUUGGGGUGUCUGGUGGGCAGGGCCGCCCUGGCUGCGUGGCUCCCCGAGGGUGCGGGGCAGCGGGGUGGAGCGCGAACGCCCACUCUGGUUCUGUGCAGUGUUAGGAAAACCGAUCAGGUGGUCGCAUUGACUUCCUCCCAAGAGACAGGUGGAGCUGCCCUUCAGAGAGCUGCGGCAGCUCUUCACCUUGGGUUUGCAAAUCUUUUGUCUUUUAACUCUAGUACUGUUUAUAGUUCAUGACUAUGGACGACUCGGGUGCCACUUUUUUCAGAUUCCAGUGUGACGUGAGGAAUUGGAUUUUGAAGAUGAGCAUAUAUAUUGCUAUCUCUAAGCACUUACAAUGCUGUUCACACUUUAUUACCAAGCAUCUUGGUCUAGCAUUCAACAAGUACUGUAUCUCACUUUAAAGUCUUUGGGAAGAAAAAACAACAACAACAAAAAACUAAGUUGCUAUCUUUUUUCGACACUGUAACUGCAUUUCAGCUCUGCAGAGUUUCUCACGGCAAGAUAUUGACAGUUUCAAUGUGGUUUAAAAGAAUGAAUGUGAAUCAUGAACCAGUAUGUGACAAUGAAUGACCACCCAGUGCAGCCUGGCCGGAAGGCACUUUCACUUUGAUGUUUGAGAAAGGAUUAAAGGCAUAUGCAGAGCUGGCAGAGUAACUGAGAGAAAAGGGAUGGAAAAAAGAAUACUCAUUUUUGUCCAGUGUUUUUCUUUUUAUGACGAACUUUUAAAGAACCUUGCGAUUUGCACAUCUUGAGUUCAUAAUUUGUGUGAUAUUCCUGCAGUUUUUAUCCAAUAACAUUGUGGGAAAGGUUUGGGGGACUGAACGAGCAUAAAUAAAUGUAGCAGAAUUUCUUUCUAACCUGCCUAAACUCUAGGCCAUUUUAUAAUGUUCCUUUCAAAAUUUAUUUUGGUCUUUCUACCACAUCUGUCACAAAAACCAGGUCUUUGGCAGGACAACUCUGAGAAUUUUCUUCAGAUUCAUUGAGAGAGUUUUCCAUAGAGACAUUUAUAUAUGUGAGCAAGUUUUUUUUUUUUUUUUAAUUCAUUAUUGUUGUUGUUAAUGUUUUUUCAGAAUGACUUUUUUUUUUUCAUCUGAAAUCAAAUCAAGAUUUGGUGUUUGGUACAAACCCAGAAAGGUAUUUCAGAAUUUAAACCUUUCAUUCCCAGAGAGGUGAAAUAUUGUUUGUGGGUUUUGAGUUUGCAUCUCAAAGUGCUUUAAAAAAAAAGUUUUAUAAGUAGGAAGAAAUUUUUAAUAUUCAUACUUGGAAUGGCUGUAGCUAAUCUGAAUAAAAACUUCUGAUUUUCCUUUC